CCUCUCCAUUCGAAUAGCAAGGCAGCCAUCACUUUCACCAUCAAAGAUUGUCUAUGUUGACAUGGUGACGAGUCAUCUUGGUUCUAUCUCCACACAAGAUCAAUGCAAAUUUAGUUCUUUGGAGCAGACACGAUCUCGGCCAUUGACAGUUCGACAUGCUCACCCUGUUGAUUAUCGGAUAUAUCAGUAAGAGUACAGAAACGCCUAAUGGAUGAAUAUUCCACUAGUGCUCUACAUUAUGGGCACUUGGGAAGAGCGAUUUAUCAGCCGGAAGCACGUGCUUGGACAUUUUCUAGAACGCUUGCCCGGUCAAGCAUCUCUCCUCGUUUAUACAGGAGUUACGAAGACUACCAUUGUUUCACCAUUGACGGCGCCACAGUCAUCACUCAUAGAGGAUAGAAGCUUGUUACCUAGAGUGCACCCUGAAUUAGCCGCUUGUUGGCCCUUAGUCGAUAAUGAGACAGCCUCCCACAUUAUUACAACGGCAGGUGAAUUAUGCGACCCUUUGGUAUCCUCUCUUUUCGACUUGGGGAAUGCAGUGGAUAUCGAGAAUCAUGAAUCAGGCAAUCGAGUAGUGCCGAUCGCCAUCACUGUUGGGGGAGAAUGUUGCAAUGUCAUAUCAUUCCGAAAGAUAGAAGAAGGUACUGCUGAACUGAAGCACGGAAUGAAAGCUCGAAUCCGGAUCCCGAUGAUUGGAGACGCUGAGUGUACCGAAUGGUCCGCAGGAGGUGCCCCCGUCCGCCAAAUAUGUUUUGCGCGGACGGUAGAAGAGAAGCCGACAUGGGCCGCCGCUCGCUUUCCUCAUUCAACGAUUGUGUUUAGACCUCUGUAUCGUAGGAAGCCGGUUUCUGUGCACAUCUACCAGGAUGGUGACCGUGUUGUCCCGAGCCAUACACAGUCCUCCCGCCUUGACGCGAACCCAUUGAUCGAGAUUUCGCACUCCCAAACCGGAGGUUAUGCACAUGCCGACGUCACUUUUAACCCCUGGUAUCAGAAACAAUUGGCCAUUGUCGAUGAGCGAGGAAAUUGGAGCGUCUGGGAAAUGGUAGGUCGACAUAGACGAGGUAAGGGCAAUUGGAAGGCUUCGUGCGUCAAGUCCGGCUCAUUACCAUGGCUUGACCUUGGCCAUGCUCAGAAUAUCGACGGCUCUCCUCGACACGAUGGAUGGGCAGUAAUCGAAUGGGUGGGCGAUGUCAACAGCUUCAUUGUGUCGGAUCGACGUUGUCCCAUACUUUAUCGGACAGAGGGUAAUGAAACUCAACCUUCUGCGAUAGAGCUUGAGCUCAAGAGGAAAUCAGAAUGGAUUUUGGAUGUCAAGAGAAGUGCUUGCAAUGUGUCACAAGUGUUCAUUCUCACAACAUCACGUAUAUUUUGGCUUGAUGUUUCAUCCGUCCUUGCCGCAGACUCUCAAAAUGAUGCUUCAAGGCCGUCUCUGUUACCCAUUCUGUCUUGGCGCCAUUUCAGAGAUUCGGAGGACACGACAUUGCGUUUGUCUUCUCUUGUCGUUUCUGAAGAAUUGUAUCUUGUCUUGUACUCUCGGCUUAAUCACGUGGUAUUGGCGUAUCGAGUUCCAAUUGCAUGGGAUGGAUACAUGCAUCUAACAUCUAUAUCGGACCCAUUCGUUCUAGAGAUCCCUCCCGUAUCUGAAGAGAGCGCAGAGACUCAGAUCUCACCAAAUGCAGCUCAAUUCUCAACUCUGGUUCUCCGAGAAAUCGCACAUGCACCCUCGGCCGGGAGCAAAGAGCAAUAUGAUGCUGCCGCCAAAAUCAUAAAACUGUUCACAAUAGACUCGCGUCUUGCGGUCCGGGAGUCGAUAUAUAUUGGCCCUGCGCGUGAGAAUGGGGUUAGUGCAGAUGACCAGCAGUUGGGAAAGGACGCCUUACGUUUAAGGAAGCGCUAUCCCGGAGUUCGGAGAAAGCAGUCUACUCGCUCGCGGGAUGACUUUGUGGUCGACGACUGGGAUGAGUCGGUCGUGAGUAGGGGAACGUUCACUGUCGCAGAUACGGGAAUUUCUCAUAUAACGCCACUAGCCACUCCUCAAUGGACAACUGAUUAUAGCUCGAUCUACGCCAUUGCCUUCGGGAAGAUAAUUGCGGGGUCAAGUGAAGUCGGCGAAGAACAAGACAGAGGCUUCCAAGAUUCUAUCAAAGAACUGAAGGACAGAAUGGCCUCCGCAGACUUGACUCAUCUUCCUAAUAGUAAGACCAUGCUAGAAGUCCUUGCCGGAAGUCCCCUGCUAGACGACAUCGACCAGAAUGCUCAUGAUUAUGAUGGAUUUCUUAACGAAUUUCUGGCUCCGAGAAUGUCUCGCAAUCCCUUGACAAACAGUCAACUAUCAAUCUUUCCCCAACAGUCGUUGGACCUAUUCGGAUCCUCGAAUGUGAAACUGGUCGACAUCUACGAUCGGUUAGUUAAUGAUUGGCUUUCAACCCUUCAGCACGACAUCCCUGGGCGCUCGCGAAUUAUGAAAGAAAGGGUCAUUCGCAAAGUGGCAGCAGAGCUUGCUCUGACGCAGCUCAUUUUACGGCGUAAGCCGCUCAACGAAGCAGAUAUUGUGCGUUCGAGGGAAGACACGAAUCGUGAAACAAUUGAUGACUCGUCGCCCGUGCCAGUCAAUCCUCCUCUCGAAAUCGGUAAACGACGCUUAUCCGUACCGAGACUGAUUUCUAGUGAUUAUACAUUGGAGCCGGCAGCCAGCAAAACUACUAUCCAGAGCAACUUUGUGGCAGAAGAGCAAGAAGUAUCCAAGAGUACAAACGGAACGGAACCUGUCUACUGUGGACUAGCUUCUAUGGCAACCUUCUACACCCAGCGUCCACCAUCUGGAGCUAUGACAAACUUGCUUUCUCAUUGGCAAGUAGGUAGCGACCCGGCCGCGUAUAGUUGGGAAAGGAUGGCGCAGACGCUAGAGGAAGAGGAUUUGCAACGUGCCUCUAAAGCCACAACACCGAAACGGCGCCUGCGGAAAAAGGCGUCGCAAGGCACUCCAUUGAAUUCAUCACAGCUGCCUCCCGUAUCCUCCAAUGCCCUUGCCGCUCGAGAAUGGGGUAGCCAGCCAGAGGUCGGCGAGCCGUCCAGAAUGCUAAGAUUACAGAGUAGUCAAGCAAUCGAGGAGGAUCUACCCAUGACCCAGGUAGAAAGAGGUACGUUUGGAGGUCGAGAAGGCAGUCGGAAAACUUCCAUGAAGGCGAGGAAAAAGAAAAGAGCAGCUGGCUUUUAAAGGACAAGUUGAGUCUAGAAAGUUCUGAAAGUAGAAUAUUCGCAGGGCCAGCUC